AGGACGGUCUCCUGGGGAGGAAGAAGAUGUCCUCUCAGAGGCCAGCAGGUCCAACUAGCGAGCUAUGAGAUGCCCACGGUGGGUGAGGACCUGGGCUUCUGAAGUCCCACAGCCCAUUGUGCCCAGAGAGAUGCUGCCCUGGGGACCCGACACAGUGAACUUGGUUGCAGCCAUCCGAGCUAGCAGCUCUCAGAGGCACAUCGGGGUUUUCUCAUUUCAAAUGCCUGGCCCCUUUCCAGAGGCGCUUUAGAAUGGCCAGCUGAUGGGAGCGCUACUUUUCUUUGGAAAAUGCGUCCACGAAUGUACUUCUCUCCCUAGGGACUGGGAAGGAGGAAGAAUUGUGCAGCAGGGAGAGAUGAGAGAGGGGAGAGAGGGGAACCCCUUGUCCUGCCUGCAGCAGCUGCCAGUGAAAAGAAAGAAGGGUUGGGAGUCUGAGCUGGAGGCUGCGGGGACAAUCCCCUCUUGGCAGGAGAGAAUCCGGACGGGGGCGGAUUUCAGGCUUCAGUGUUUGUAGGAGGAAACACAGCAAUCCACUAUUAAUAGUAAAUUAAAAUAAAUAGGCAACUGCUGUAUAGUAAUACUUGUUUUGUUUUUUUUUUUUUUUUUUUAAGGCAAAAAGUAAUAGAUAGUGAAACAGAGAAACAAAACAGGAAACACCGGCAGUCAACAGGCAGCAAAGAACAUGCGGGUGGAGGUAGCAGCGGUCCCACCCUCCAAAGGCCCGGGCUGCCCAGACCAAGAGAAAGAGAUGAAUCUCUUCUGGUAACGUCCCUUCCUGUCCCAUGGAACCAAGGCAGACCUGCCCCAGCCCCACCACCAGCAGCCUUCUGCUGGGGCCGGCACGGCUGGGAGCAACCUCCUUCCCUCAGGCAGGCGCGCAGCGCCAAGUACAGAGGCCCCGGUGCACGUUCCCAGCGCCGAACCAGCGCCGGCUCGGGGUACGCGGAACGGGCCGGCGGCCGGGGCUGGUCCCAGCCCCCACUGCAGACCCCCAGGCUGUGGCGGCGGUCCCGUUCCGCCAGGAAACCGCCGCCUGGAGCUGUGGGUCGCGCACAUUAACGCAUCCAGCGGCAAAAUGAAGGAGACCCAAAUUCAAAGUUAGAGCAAUGGUGACCCGAGGGGUGCCUUGGUGGGUUUGGGGUCCCGGUUACUGAUGGUUAACAUUCUUAGGAGAUACUGGUCACCUACGAAGCGAGAAAGGCAUGAGGAGCCCCUGACCAAAGUGGUUUUGCCCUGCUUCCCACAAGAGGUGCCACCCACGGCUGGAACGCAGGAGUCAGGUCCACCGUCCCCAGCUCUGCACGCCCGCAGCGGGCCCUCGAGGAGGUUCAGGGCGGUGCCCGCGGCGCUCGGGCCGGGUCUCCCGGGGCGUGGGGCUGGGGGCGGAGCUGGGCGGCGGCCUGGGCUCCUCCCUCCUCUGCUCCGGCUCCCCUGCUCUUAACCCGCGCGCGGGGGCGCCCAGGCCACUGGGCUCCGCGGAGCAAGCGAGAGGUCUGCGCGCAGUCUGAGCGGCGCGCGUCCAGUCCCGAGGCCCACGCCAGCACGCCCUCAUGGCCCCCGCAGCGGCGUCGGGGGGCAGCACCCUGCCCAGUGGCUUCUCGGUCUUCACCACCUUCCCCGACUUGCUCUUCAUCUUUGAGUUUAUCUUCGGGGGCCUGGUGUGGAUCCUGGUGGCCUCCUCCCUGGUGCCCUGGCCCCUGGUCCAGGGCUGGGUGAUGUUCGUGUCUGUGUUCUGCUUCGUGGCCACCACCACCUUGAUCAUCCUGUACCUAAUUGGAGCCCACGGUGGAGAGACUUCCUGGGUCACCUUGGACGCAGCCUACCACUGUACUGCUGCCCUCUUUUACCUCAGCGCCUCGGUCCUGGAGGCCCUGGCCACCAUCACGAUGCAAGACGGCUUCACCUACAGGCACUACCACGAAAACAUUGCUGCUGUGGUGUUCUCCUACGUAGCCACUCUGCUCUACGUGGUCCAUGCCGUGUUCUCUCUAAUCAGAUGGAAGUCUUCAUAAAGCCGCACAGAACUUGAGCUGAAAACCCAGAUGGUGUUAACUGGCCGCUCCACCUUCCGGCAUAACUUUUUAGAAAACAGAAAUGCCCUGGAUGGUGGAAAAAAGAAAACAACCCCUCACCCCCACCCCCAACAACAACAACAAAAGCCCUGCCCUAUUGCUUGUGGGUGCUGCGUUUACUCUCCCGUGUGCCUUCGCGUCCGGGGCGGGAGCUCGCUGUGUCUAACCUCUGACUGCUGCGCUGUCUGCUAGGGUCACCUCCUGUCUGUGAAAGGGGAACUUCUUGUUUGGGGGUGGGAGGUGGGGACCUGACCUGAGAAGGAAACACAGAUCCCCUGCUGACCCCUGGACCAGCUCUCGAGAACUACCUGCUGGAAUUUUCCACAGGCUCUCCUGAGCGUCCCCUCCUGUGGCAUGUUUUAAGUCUUCACGGACGUUCUGUGUGUCAUGGGGACUAAAACUCACCCCACAGAUCUUUCCAGAGGUCCAAGGUGGAAGAUGGUAACCCUGUGAAAUACUUUAUAAAGUGUCUUUAUGUUCAAUA